AUGUAUAUCGAAGGAAUGUCGUCAUUCCGAACACAAACUAUGGAUUUUCAAUUAGAUGUUUAUUUUCAACAGUUUUGGAAGGAUCCACGUCUUGCGCACAAUGAAUCUAGACGAAUUUUGAUUCGUGAUCGAACAAUUCUAUCAAAAGUUUGGCAUCCUGAUAUCUACUUUGCGAAUGCUCGUAUUGCAGAAUUUCAUCAAGUAACACAACCUAAUUUUUUGGUUUGGAUUGAACCUGAUGGUUCUAUUUUAUAUGAUACAAGAAUAUCGAUGGUUGUAAUGUGCAUGAUGAAUUUAGCCAAAUGGCCUUUAGAUGAACAACGAUGCUAUCUUCGAAUUCUUAGCUAUGCUUACGAUAUUGAGUUAUUACGAAUUGCCUGGCAAGAAAAUGAACCGAUAACACGAAAUAUGAAAAUUGCUAUGUCAGAUAUGCGAAUUGUUGAUUUAAAACCAGGCCUUUGCGAUGGGAAUUAUUCCACUGGAAUAUGGAGUUGUGUAACUGCAGAAUUUUAUGUAAAACGAGAAAUGACACAUCAUGUUAUGCAGAGUUAUGUUCCAACUACUCUUAUUGUUAUGAUAUCUUGGUUUUCAUUUUGGCUGGAUGUGGAGGCCGUACCUGCGAGGGUAUCGUUAGCAAUUACAACUUUGCUUACACUUUCAACACAAGCAAAUGCAGCCAGAAUGGCUCUUCCCGAAGUAUCUUAUAUGAAAGCAAUUGACGUUUGGAUGGGAACAUGUAUGAUGUUCGUUUUUGGAGUAAUGAUUGAGUUUACAAUUGUUAAUUAUGCUCAACGUCAAGGUAUUUUAUAA